AUCAAACUAAGCACUUUUCACUUCACUCGGUAAACCACACGAGAAAUAUGGACACAAUGAAUGUAACAGCAAUGAUGCAGUUUGCAAAGACGAUGAAGACCAGUCCGUCGGCGUGGUCGGUUGGACUUCGUCUCACGAUUGUAUCUCUGUUCCUCGUCAUCUCCGUGCUCGGUAACGGUAGCAUUUUAGUUCUUUUGAAGCGCUUCAAGUCGUUAAGGACCAUCCCGAACAUCCUAAUCGCCAACCUAGCGUUCAUAGACUUAAUGAAUGUGCUGGUGAAUCUGCCCGCCGACGCGCUGGUAGCCGUGCUCGAGUUACAUCACGUCGUCAAGGGACGACUCAUAUCCGCCCUCGUGGCUUCGUCGCAAACCGCUUUCGUGUUCUUGAACCUGUUCAGCAUGACUUUGAUGAUGUUGGAUCGAUAUCUGGUGAUCUCCUGGGGACUCAGAUAUAAGAUCUGGGUAACAACACACAAGUCCAUGGUGGCAGUGGGUGGGGUUUGGUUACUGACAUCAGUUAUCAUGCUACCCUGGUUUCUAGGCCUUUACUCCAUAGACCAUGGGGACCUGCCGACCUUCAUCUAUCGUAUGUUGUACUACUACAGGGUUGGCGAUUACAUGACCAUCACUCGCUGUGUGUUUCCUGUGGUGUUUGUCUUUCUAGCUCUGCUCACCUUCACCAGCUUAAGGAGACAGACCAGGUUUAUCGAAGGCAAGUUAUCCAUGCAAGCUGCCCACCAAGGAACGAAGCUGAUUGCAACCCGGCGUCGCACAGAGGCCCAUGCAGCUGCCACCAUCUUUAUCACCGUGGCGACUUAUGUGAUAACCUGCAUUCCUCUCAUACUAUACGGUAUCGUCACAGAAAACACCAGUAACCUUGCAGGCACUGAGUUCCUGAAGUGGUUUGCGGCCCUUGCCAACUACUCUCUAUACAUCUCCAGUGUGUGCAACCCAUUUAUUUAUAUGGUUAGGUGUAACCGAUUGAGCUGGGCUCUGAAAAAGUUCUGUCAAGACCCAUGUGGGAAGAGUGAGCUCAACACUCGGCAAUACAUCACUACAACUCAUACGUGUAUCAGGUUACCACAGAGGAAGGGUAUCUCAUUGACUGACAUCAGCGAGCUCAAUUUCAUGACUGAGAGAUCUUUGUGUAAGAAUGUGACUGGAUGGAAUAAAUUAGGUUACAAUCAUAAAACAAACAAGGUGGAGGCUUCAAGUCCAAUAAGUGGAGUAGAUAAUGAAGCAUUUACUGUCGAAGCAGUAGAACUAGAGGACAAAACCAGCAACCUAGAUGAGUGCUUUUAAAAGCUGUCGAUAUGAAACAUUAUAUAAGAUAGAUGAUUAAAACAAAAUAGUGUAGAUAGUAGGGGAUAAGGAAUGAAAUCAAGCAGGGACAAACACAGGUUGGCUAGCAAAAACAACUUUUUAGAAGCUAUGGAACCCAAUGCCAUUGAGAAUCAAUGAAACCAUAGGGCAUUUAAAAAAUUGGGAAAAAUGGAUGUCACAUAGGAGCUGCAAUUGUAGGUGAUGAGGCCAACCUGGAGACCAACAUGAUGAAGGUUGAAGGAUAAAUACCUUUAGCAAUAUCAUAGCCAUAAUCUCCAUACACAAAACUGACAAAGAUAGCAUGUAUGAUCUAAAGGCUAGAGUAAUUUAUGGUUUUACUAUCAACUAAAAAUAUAUUUUCAUCAUACACACAUUAGCUAAAUAGAAUUUCAUAUUUCAAAGUGUUCUUACUAUUAUUUGUUUAUCAUCAAAGCUGUGAAAAAUAAACAUGUAAAAUUUAAAAGAAAAGACAAAAGACAAAAGCAAGGAAAAAAACAAAAAGGAAAACACCAAAAAAGCAUAUUAGCAUAAAAAAGAUGUUAACAUAAAAAAAAUAGAAAAGAAAAGGAAAGAAAAAAGGGAAACAAGUAAAAAGAAUACUUAUAUUAAUAUUAUAACUUGCAUGUAACUGCGGUAUUGUUUUCACUCUGGGUAUAACUAAAAGUCUUUUUUUUUUGUUGUUGAUUAAUUUACCGUCAACUUUUGCUAUUAUGGGAAUGCAUAGGCCCAUUAUUUAAUGCCCAUUAUUUAAUGCCAUUAUUUAAUGCCCAUUAUUUAAUGCCCAUUAUUUAAUGCCCAUUAUUUAAUGCCCAUGAUAGUAAAAGUCUGUAUUAACAAUAGUUACAUCCGUCCUAUUGAGGAUACAAAUUUCUAGUGCUAAUUAAUUUUUAGUUCUAAUGCAUGUAACUGCGGUAUUGUUUUCACUCUGGGUAUAACUAAAAGUCUUUUUUUUGUUGUUGUUGAUUAAUUUACCGUUAACUUUUGCUAUUAUGGGAAUGCAUAGGCCCAUUAUUUAAUGCCCAUUAUUUAAUGCCAUUAUUUAAUGCCCAUUAUUUAAUGCCCAUUAUUUAAUGCCCAUUAUUUAAUGCCCAUGAUAGUAAAAGUCUGUAUUAACAAUAGUUACAUCCGUCCUAUUGAGGAUACAAAUUUCUAGUGCUUCAUGGGUAUCAAAUAUGAUGAGCAAAACUUUUAGUUCCUGUUAUGCUAUUUAUCUGCCUCAAUAUCUUGUAUCAGUAUCUUAUCUCUUUUCAGAGUGACUAACUUCAUAAAAGCUAUACUUUAAUAAUUAAAAUCAAAUCCAUACAUGGAUGGGAUUUUGUGGAUGGUUGCCAUACAUCAAUAAGUUUUAGUUUCCUUGAUCUAACUUCAUUAGCUUUUGGAUUGCUUUUACUUUUGGAAAGCAACCGCUUCAAUUGUAUUUGCAAAAAUACAGAGGAUGACUUCCGCUUAUCUAGAACGGCCCGGAUGUUAUCAUUAUUUUUAUAUUAUUUUCGGGAGAAAAUCGGAAAAGUACCUUUUGUUUCUCUUUCUGCUGUUUGAACUUGGAUCUUUUCCGUGGAGGAGAUAUCUGCCCAGGUUGUAAUCCUGGCAUCAUCUUGGGCAGACCUACAAGAAAAAAAAAAAACAAGAUAAGGCGAAUUCCAACCAAGCCAUAAUGAAAUGUAAGUUAUAACUUAAUUUACUAAUGUGGAGGGUUGUGUUAGAAAUAGAAUUGAAACAAGAAAAAUCAGUAUAAGACAAUGAAGUUGACAGGACCUUUCAAAUAUUUCUGUUUAUUUGUUCUUCAUUACUACCUGACAUCGACACCACGUCUCUCUGGUGAACGCUGGUUGCGACGGAACUGUCAUGUUUCGUAUUUUCCUGAGCCGCGGACGGUUCAUCUCUCUUUACGCGAACCACUAACGCCGCGGGCUUCUGUCGAUCGGCAAGAAACUGCUCCUGGAAAGCCAGCAAGUCAUCCUCUGUGUCCCUUUUCCCGGGUCGGGAAGACAUCGUCAAUAUCACGAAUGAAUGCUAGCAAACACCGACUCAGUGUUUAAAUUUCCCCCUCGUGUCGUCCGCCAUGUUGGAAUAUGAAAGCAUGCGCAAAUGAGAUGUUGUUCAAAGCCCCGCGGGCUCAGAAAAUACAAAAUGGCGGACGGAACCGAGAUAGAACAACUUAGAGAAGAAAUCGCAAAACAAACAAAAAAACUUGAGCAUAUGAAAGCGAUCCUUA